CCUACAUAAUGCCAUCAGACUUCAUCAUUAUUUUAUAAAUUUUCAAUUCAGUUAAUAGUAUUUUUAUACGUUAUUGAAUUUGGAAUGGUUUUAAGUUUUAUUAACCACCAGAUUGUUGCAAACUUAAGUGUUUAAUUAGUUAUUUGAUUAAGUGUGUAUACGUAAAAAAUAAAUAAAAUAAAAAUGAAUGUUAUACAGGCAGUUAAAAUGUAUAUAACUAAGAUGACCGAAGAAAGUGGACCAGGCAUGAAAGUAAUCUUAAUGGAUAAAGACACAACCAGCAUCGUCAGUAUGGUCUUUAGUCAAUCAGAAAUAUUACAAAAGGAAGUGUAUUUAUUCGAAAGGAUUGACAGUCAAACAAAGUGGGAUAAUUUGAAACACAUGAAAUGUAUAGUCUUCUUGAGACCAACCUCAGAGAAUAUUGCCUUGCUGUCACGAGAACUACGAUGUCCAAAAUAUGGUGUUUACUUUAUAUAUUUUAGCAAUGUAGUGUCAAAGGCUGAUAUAAAGACGUUAGCUGAGUGUGACGAGCAGGAAGCGGUCCGAGAGGUCCAAGAGACAUUUGCCGACUACCUAGCUGUGGAUCGUCACUUGUUCUCCUUCAAUAUUGUAGGCUGUUUGCAUGGCCGUAAUUGGAAUCAGCAGCACUUACAGCGCUGCUCACAAGGGCUGCUGGCUCUGUUGCUGUCGCUAAAGCGUCGGCCCGUGAUCCGCUACGAGGCGGGGUCGGAGGCCUGCUCGCGGCUGGCGGAGCGCGUCCGCGAUCUCGUGCGGCGAGAGGCCGUGCUGAUGGAUAACAACAUACCCUUCAACGGAGACCUGCCGACCCCUCAGCUGCUCAUACUAGACAGGCGAGACGACCCAGUGACGCCGUUGUUAACUCAGUGGACAUAUCAAGCGAUGGUGCACGAGCUGCUCACUAUCAACAAUAAUCGCGUGAGUCUGGCCGACGUGCCCGACGUGCCUAAGGACUUCCGGGAGGUGGUGCUGGCGCCGGAGCAGGACGAGUUCUACGCCAAGAACUUGUAUUCCAAUUUCGGAGAGAUUGGGCAAACUAUGAAGUCUCUCAUGGACGAGUUCCAAAAGAAGGCCAAGAGUCAUCAAAAGGUGGAGAGUAUCGCAGACAUGAAGAACUUUGUUGAAACAUAUCCAUUGUUUAAGAAAAUGUCGGGCACGGUGACGAAGCACGUGACGGUGGUGGGCGAGCUGUCGGCGCGCGUGGCGGCGCGCUCGCUGCUGCGCGUGUCGGAGCUGGAGCAGGAGCUGGUGUGCCAGUCCGACCACGCCGGCCACCUGCAGCGGCUGCAGGCGCUGCUGGGCGACGAGGCGGUGCGGCCCAGCGAGCUGUGGCGGCUGGUGGCGCUGUACGCGCUGCGCUACGAGCGCCACGCGGGCAACGCGCUGGGCGCGCUGGUGCAGGCGCUGAAGGCGCGCGGGGAGGCGGCGCCGCCCGUGCUGGCGCUGGAGUACGGCGGCGCGCACGCCCGCCAGUCCGACCUCUUCGGCCUGCAGGACGCCGCCAAGAUCACCAAGAGGCUUUUCAAGGGCCUGAGUGGCGUCGAAAACAUAUAUACGCAGCACACACCCCUCCUCAAGGACACGCUGGAGGACCUGAUUAAGGGAAAACUUCGCGAAAACCUGUAUCCCGCGGUCGGGGGCGACUAUCUGUCUUCGGGCAAACGACCACAGGACAUCAUCGUUUUCAUCGUCGGAGGCGCCACCUACGAGGAGUCUCUGUGUGUCCACCAAAUUAACCAAGCGUACCCAGGUGUCAGAGUGGUACUCGGUGGUACCACCAUACACAAUUCCGCGUCGUACUUGGAGGAGAUCAGGCAUGCUAUGCAAGGUGUGCAUAGAACGCAUACAAGACAUAUUCGGAAUAUAUAAAUGUCUUGAUGAUUUGAUAAUUGUAUAUUAUGUAAUUUAUUGCUAUAAUAACUACGUAUUAUAACUUUAAUAUUAUUAAACAGAUUAUCAGUCGGUUUCUGCUAAAAUUCUACUUUAUCAUCUAUACUAAUAUUAUAAAUAUGAAAUUCUUGUCUGUCUGUCUGGCGCUCUUUCACUACCAAACCAAUAAACCGAAUUUGAUGAAAUUUGGUCUGAAGUAAACUUGAAUUUCAAGGAAAGACAUAGGCUACUUUUUUUGCCUAUAACAUUAAAACCAAUAUAAUAUAAAAGGGGGGAAAAUUUGUAAUUUUUAUAUUAUAUUGGUUGAAACCGUUCCUUCCAGAGUCGAAAAUGAAUUAACUCUUUGAUUUACAACUUCAUACCAAUUUUAAUUAAAUUAUUACUAUUAAUCUUCGAUUGCAAUCACGAAUAACGGUAAUACGGAAUAAAAAUUAACAGUAGUGACAGCAUUAUUAUUAUUUGUAAAGCUUGAAAUUGUAUUGUAAUUAUUGGGUCAUUGUUUGUUAUAUAUAGUAAAAGUAUUUAAAUUAUCUUACUGAGAUUUGUAGUAAUUUUCUAUUACAAACAUUUCAUUCCACUUGCGUUUAGAAUAUAAGUCAAUGUUUGGAAUAAAUAUACUUUUAUUUUAGUUAGUAGAUAAAACGAUGGCAAUAUUGCCCAUGUAGUAUUCACUAUUUAUACAUUAACUUUUAUAGUUCACGAAGUCUUAGGUUAGUAACCAGGCAGAAAUUGGUCAGGAGCAAAUAUCACCAGCUUGACAAAAUUGUCCAAAAUAUAAGCGAGUCAUGAAAUUUAAGGUGGACUUUCAUACGGCUUAAAAAUGCCUGUUAAGUUUUAAUAUUAAGUUUACCAAAAUAAUUCUUGUAAAUAAACAAAUCUCAUGUAAUUUCUUAUUCUGUUGUUUUACAAAAUUUAAUCGAUUUUGUUUUUCUUCGAGUGAUUUUUUAGCAUAUUAAGAGUCCAAGUCAAUAAUUCUUAUUCUAUUUCUGUGAUUAAUUUAAUUUU